CCUAUUUGUUCCAACCUUCACAUCUGUCUUGAUAAGGUCUGCCAGUAAGACAGCAUAUGAUAUGAUUGUCUGCUUUUGGCUAUGGUGCAGGCAUCUGUGUAUGCUGUUCCGAGGUUCACUGACUUUAUCUGCACAUCUAGGCAAUCAUUAAUUACACUUUCCCCCUUUGCCACUGGAAUAUUCACACAUUCCAUUAAACAUACAUAUCCUAUGCAUUCUUACUGAUUGGUUGCCACUGAUUUCCAUAUGGUGGUGAUAUAUGGAAAGAUGAAUAACCAGAAGAGUGCACGUGUGUGGUAAGACUACACCUCCUUGUUAUCAACAAAGUUACAAAGUCAAAAUCCUCUGUAUACAGUUAGGCCAAUGCUGCCCUAUUCCACAGUGGUCUUAAGAAAGAACCCUUCAGCGCCGUUUAAACGCUUGUCAUUGCAGUUUUAAUGCAUUUUAUCUCCUUGGAAUGCCUUAACACAAUGUUUACUCAACACUAGUAAAACGCGUUAGUUAAUCAUCAACUUCUGGUAACAUUGCUGCCACGCUACCACAUUUUUUUUUUAAUGAAACAAAUCAGGGAGAUCUUAUGAGUUUUACAGUUAUCAAAGACGUAAAAAGGCUUUAAAAAACAACAAAGACGUCCAUGUAGAUCACCGCACGUUUAGAUUUGCGCCCUUCUUCUCGACUGAGAAUGGGAGUGGCCGCACACCUGUCCGACCGGUUGGCGACACGCGACUCCUGGAGACGGUUCCCCACCUUCUCGUUCGUCGUUAAGCCACAGAAGCGCAAAAGGAAAAUGGCAGAAGCACCAAAUCCUGCUGUCACCUCUUUCCCGUCACCUACUAUAUCUCUACCGCUCGGGUUGGCUGUAUUAAGAACAUACUCAGGCGCUCUGAUCUGCAUGGAAAUUGUUUUCGGAGGGCUGGUAUGGAUUUUAGUGGCGUCGUCGCACGUCCCCGUGCCGCUCCUGCAGGGCUGGGUGAUGUUUGUGUCGGUAACCAUGUUCGUCUGCUCCUCCGCCUACCUCGUCCUGUUCUUGCUGGGCCUUUCGGACAGAAUCAACACUGACUGGAAUUUUAUGGAUGUGAUGUACCACUUUACUGCCUUGGUCUUCUAUUUCGCCGCCUUUGUCUUGGAGGCUGCAGUUACGUCUGCGUAUGUGAAACAAGCAAACGAUACCUGCGUGCACAGGCCGUCCACCAAUAUCAUCACAUUUCUGGACUCUCAGCAAUACAGAAUUAACAUUGUAGCUACGAUAUGUGCCUUUAUAGUUACUAUUUGCUAUGCCUGCAGCAUGUUCAUGGGCUUCAGGAGGUGGAGGAAGUGAUAAAAGAGAGAGAGCGAGAGAGGGAGACAGAGAGCAAACUCCUCCAGCAUCACUUUGAAUAUCAGCAUUACCGUAAUGCACAUUACAGAGCAGGGUUGCCGGAUAACUGGUUCACUCCUUCUUAGUAUUCAGUUAUUGGAGUUGAAAAUGGACCCAUGAAGCAGUUUAGUUUAAGCAUUAACCUUACUGAUGUAUACAGAAAACUACGUACUGCAUGCUUUUGUACAAUUAAAUAUAUUUACAUUUGUUAAAUGUAUUAUCCUGAGUUGCAAGAGAAUUUAUUUUAAUUCACUGAAAUAACUGCAAAACUUGUUUUGUGUUAUGCUGGUGUCUUCAGAGACUCUUCAGUUACCAGUUUGAAAUACACAAUUAUAGCUGUCUCAUAACAUAAAAAAAUAAUCUGUGCAAUUAUUUUGGUUUUACUUUUUUAAAUUAAAUCUAACCAUGUCAAUGUGUUUAUGUAUUUCGUGCUCACAGGCUAUAAUCUACCCUUAUUUUGUAUUGCCUAAAUAAACACAUUUUUCA